UGUCCUUGCUAAAGGAUGCAUCGAUAAAAAUUAAUUUCUUUUAAAAAUGCAGAAGAGCUACUCAGGUACUCUACACCCUUGUAAAACAUUGCUGUAGUUGUUCUGUAUGUAUUUCCCAGUUGCACUACAGGCCAAGUUUGAAUUUCCAUUAAACAGCACCGUAUGCCAGGUUCACUGAGCCAUUGUCAUUCUCUUUAAAAACCUUGCUUGUAUUGCUGGUUUCCUUGGCAGUCCUUUCCUAUUUGGAGCAGAGAUCUCGAGGGAGGACUGCUUCCUGUCGAGGAGUGUGGGAACCGUUGGAGGCGGAGUACACCGUACACAGUCAACCACAGAUAUAGGACACAAACUUAGACCAGACGGCAGGCUGCACUCCACAACAUGAAUUUAAUUACAGCAUGCGAGGUCUGCGGAGUCCACAAUCUGCUGCUGUCUAUUCUUCCUCCCUUAUUAUUAGCUCAUGAAGACGUACUUAAAGAGAAACCGUUUUGCUUUGCCGUAAUGUAGAAGUGCUUUUUUAAUAAUUGGCUAUUUAGUGUUACCAUUAUUUUUUAAAGCUUUGUAGUGCAAUGAUACACAGACUUUUAACUGCUGGUUGCUUACAGUUUUAUAACCUUUAAUUAUGCAAUUUUUUUUUUUGUAGAAUCAUCUUUUUAAAGAAUAACAUUCCAUGUAAACCCAACAAGAACUGCAGCAACAGUCUGUAAAGCCUUGCUCUGAUAGCAAGAGCAGCAUAUUUUUAAAUAGAAAUCCUUGAAAAUGGAUUUGGGUGUGUUCAAGAUGCAACAGAUUGUUCCCUAGGGUGGUUGGAGACUAAGGCACUCCCUCGCUCUAAAUGUUUUAGGCAGAGCACUGUGCAGUGAACACGGUUUCCAAGCUGAUAUCUUGCAGGAAAAUCAAGGAUAAUCGCUACACUGGCUCACUUCUCUUGCAGCCUCUGGACUUGUUUUGUUUUGCACUGGGACCAUGCUGAAUCAGAAUAGUAAAAAUAGAUCCCAUCUGAUGCAGAGGCUGAAGGAAUCGCGGUCUCACGAGUCGUUGCUCAGCCCCAGCAGUGCAGUAGAAGCUCUAGAUCUCAGUAUGGAGGAGGAAGUCCUCAUCAAACCUGUGCACAGCAGCAUCCUGGGACAGGAUUUCUGCUUUGAGGUAACUACUUCAACAGGAAGCAAAUGCUUCUCAUGUCGGUCGGCUGCCGAGAGAGACAAAUGGAUGGAGAAUUUGAGACGUGCUGUGCAUCCCAACAAGGAUAACACCCGUCGAGUGGAAAACAUGCUGAAAUGUUGGAUUAUCGAAGCCAAGGAUUUGCCGGCAAAGAAAAAAUACUUCUGUGAACUUUGUCUGGAUGACACGUUAUACGCACGGACUACCUGCAAACUCAAAACGGACAAUGUUUUCUGGGGCGAACACUUUGAGUUCAACAACCUGCCCUCAGUUAAGAGCAUCACCGUGCAUCUUUACAAAGAAACGGACAAAAAGAAGAAGAAGGACAAAAAUAACUACGUAGGUCUGGUCAGUAUCCCUAUAGCGGCAGUCACCGGCCGGCAGUUUGUGGAAAAAUGGUAUUCCGUGAGCACACCGAAUCCCAAUAAAGGAAAGAGUCCAGGACCCAUGGUCCGAAUGAAAUCCCGAUAUCAGAGCAUGAGCAUCCUCCCCAUGGAGCUGUACAAGGAGUUCGCAGAGUAUAUUACUAACAAUUACAUGCUAAUGUGCUCAUUGCUGGAGCCAGCACUAAGUGUGAAGAACAAGGAGGAGAUGGCUUGUGCACUUGUCCAUAUCUUACAAAGCACAGGCAAGGCCAAGGACUUUCUGACAGAUCUGAUGAUGUCUGAGGUGGAUCGGUGUGGAGACAAUGAGCAUCUCAUAUUCCGUGAGAACACACUGGCUACUAAAGCUAUAGAGAAGUACCUGAAACUAGUGGGACAGAAGUACCUUCAGGAUGCUUUAGGUGAGUUCAUCAAAGCCCUGUAUGAGUCAGACGAGAACUGCGAGGUGGAUCCGUCUAAGUGCUCCUCCAGUGACCUGCAUGAGCACCAGAGCAACCUCAAGAUGUGCUGUGAGCUGGCUUUCUGCAAGAUCAUCAAUUCUUACUGCGUGUUUCCUCGGGAGCUCAAGGAAGUGUUUGCAUCCUGGAGGCAGGAGUGCAGUAACCGAGGACGACCGGACAUCAGUGAACGCCUGAUCAGCGCAUCUCUUUUCCUGCGCUUCCUGUGUCCUGCCAUCAUGUCGCCCUCACUCUUCAGCCUCAUGCAGGAAUAUCCAGAUGACCGCACCGCCCGGACACUUACACUUAUCGCCAAAGUGACACAAAACCUUGCCAACUUCACCAAGUUUGGCAGUAAGGAGGAGUACAUGUCCUUUAUGAACCAGUUUUUGGAGCACGAAUGGACCAACAUGCAGCGCUUCCUGCUGGAGAUCUCCAACCCAGAGACCAUCUCAAACACAGCAGGCUUCGAGGGUUACGUUGACCUGGGCCGUGAACUCUCCACUCUCCAUUCUCUCCUGUCAGAAGCCGUUUCACAACUCGAUCAGAGUACUGUCACUAAGCUGGGUCCUUUAGCACGGAUCCUGCGGGAUGUGAAUUCGGCCCUGACGAACCCCACCGGAGCCCCCAUGUCAUCUCCCACUGAGCGCGUGGGCUCCCCAACUCUACCCAGCAGCAGCCUGUCUACCGGUCUGCAGAAAAUGGUCAUGGACAGUGAGAUCACAGGGUUGGUGGAUUUCACUCGGCUGCCCUCACCAACCCCUGAAAACAAGGAUCUGUUUUUCGUAACGAAGAAUUCUGUGAUCCAGCCGUCGCCUGCCCGCAGCUCCAGUUACUCGGAGGCCAACGAGCCAGAUGUUCAGAUCCCCAACGGCAGCAAGAGCUUGUCAAUGGUGGACCUGCAGGACAGUCGUUCUCUGGAGAGUGCUCCCAACACCUCCUUCAGCGACCCCGUCAAUGACAGCCAGACCUCUGUGGGCCAGGGCACAGGAGUGUGGACCACCCGCACCGCUAAGGGCAACACGCCCAGCGGUCCGACCCUGAGGAGGGCAGGUCAGACCCCCACCACACCAAGCACAGAAACCGCCCCGGGGAGGUCCCAGCUGCUCGCCCCGCUCUCGUUCCAGAACCCUGUGUACCAGAUGGCCGCCGGAUUGCCCCGCGCGGUGGCCGAUUCGGGAUCUGAAUGCCAGAGCUCCAUCAGCUCCCAGAGUAACGCAGAGGAAGCAGCUACUGCGGGGUCAAAGCACCCAUUCCUGAGCCAGUCCAGCACAGGGGCCAGCGGCGGAGGGGGCAGCAGCGGGGACGAGUUCAUUCGGUGUUCUGGAGAGUUCACGCGCAGACAGCUGUCCCUCACGGAGCCCCAACACCAAGCCAACGUACCACGCCAGAACAGUGCGGGGCCGCAGCGCAGGAUAGACCAGCCUCCUCCAGCCGUCACAAGGGGCCGCACUCCACCCAACAUGCUCAACACCGCACCGUACCCCCGCCCCUCCAGUGGAAGUAUGAUGUCAUCAUCUCCCGAUUGGCCAAGCAGCGGCACCAGACUGAGGCAGCAGUCGUCGUCCUCCAAAGGGGACAGUCCAGAAUCCAAGCAGCGCACCCUACACAAACAAGCUCCAUCUCCUGUGAAUCCCAAUGCAUUGGACCGUACUGCUGCAUGGCUGCUGAAUAUGAAUGUGCAAUAUUUGGAGCAGGAGGGAAUUGACCCAGAUUCGAAACACCGGGAGGACUUUCCAAACAAGGAGGAUCUCACACCAACUGAAAAGUAUCAGCAGGAGAUUGCUGUCCUGCAGGAGAAGCUGCGUAUUUCUGCUAAGAAGCUGGAAGAGUAUGAAUCUCACAUGAAGAGCCAGGACGACCAAACCCAGAAGAUGCUCCUGGAGUACCAGGCUCGGCUUGAGGACACGGAGGAGCGAUUACGCAAGCAGCAGGAUGAGAAAGAGCACCAGAUGAAGAGCAUCAUCACCAGGUUGAUGUCAGUUGAAGAGGAGCUGAAGAAAGAUCACGCAGACAUGCAGGCAAUUGUAGACUCCAAACAGAAAAUCAUCGAAGCCCAGGAGAAGAGAAUCUCAUCCCUGGACGCCGCAAACGCCCGGCUAAUGAGCGCUCUGUCUCAGCUGAAGGAUCGUUACAGCAUGCAGACGAGGAACGGCAUCUCUCCCACCAACCCUACCAAGCUGCAGAUCACAGAAAACGGUGCUGCUUCUAGAGAGGGCAAAGACGACGACACACUUUAACCCCUCUGCUAUCAACGCCGUGGAUAGAAACGUCCUCAUACUGCUUGCUGUUGGCCAGUAUUAGACUCCGUAUCCAACAUCGUACCUGCAGUACAAUCGGUGUGUCCCCCCUACGAUGUCUUUCUUCCACUCUAUGCACUUUCUAUAGCAUUAGAAUGGACCCUUUAACCAAAACCUGCUUCUGUGGACUUGUUAUAAAGGCUAUUCAGAGCAGCAAGUACAAAGCGUAUAGCAUUCAGCACUUGAGUUGAUGUGUGAAGGGUACGUGGCUGGUUUUUUUACUUAAAGCUUGUGAUGUUUUCUGCUCUUCAGAUGCAGUUUGCAUCAAACGAGUAGCACGGCAAUAGUUGCAUCAACCCUGCUGCUGACAGACCCUUUGCAAACAGGCGAACCUGUUUUAGCGUCACUGAAUUUUAUUCAAAUCAGGUUUGUGGAGAAGAGUUUGAAGACUGUCAGUGUUUCUUUAUGUAUAAAUAUUCACAUCAUUUUAUUUGGGACAAUAAUUUUGGAAAAACUGCAAGGGCAAACCACUUUGUGUAUAAACAUCAUAUCAGACAUCUCCAUUUUUUUAGUAUUCUCUGUUUUCGCUAUUUUUUUAUUUUAUUUAUCAUACAAGCUCGAGAAAAAGUAUGCUCUGUUUAACUGUUUUUUGGAAUUGAUUUUUUAAUUUAUGUUUUUUUAAAUUAUGUUUAGUUAAUUUAUUUAUUCAACUACAUUUGUUGUUUUAACCCCAAAAUUAAGAGUACUUGUUGAAGUCUGAAUGCUGAGUGUGAACAGAACACAAGUUGAGCUCAUCUUUUCCCUAUUCCUAGUUGUGACGUGAUGUCACAACCCUGCAGGAACACACCUUUCCGCCACUGUAUUACUAUAUUAUUAAGCCCAAAUUCAGUAUACACCUUAUUAAUGAUGCAUACGUUGUACAGGCAGACAGAUGAACCUAGAAUAUAAACACAAUGUGCAAAGUUUCACAUAAAUUUUUUUUCCAUAGGAAUCCAUUAUAAAGGAAACACGCAUUGCAUUCUGGGAUCAUCUGCUUGCCUAUACAAAGUAUGAACAGUAUCAUCAAUAGGGUGUAUACUGUUUCUGAUAUUUUCAUAUCACUCUUUUAAUACAUUAAGGUACUUUAAGUGUUUUUCACAGUAAACAUUUUUGAAUGUCCCAAUGUUUUUGGGAAAUGGCCAAAACUUGCAUUUUUUUCCCCCACAUCUUUGAUUUAUUCUUUUGAGAGGUGAUCUAAAUAUUUGUGGCUUGGAAAUGAAUGAAAAAUUGACAGGCAUGCGCUGCAGUACCAUGGAUGUUUUGCCCUCCAGGUCUUCGAGCCAGUCAGGUGACUGAAAACUAUGAAUUGUGAUGUAUAUCCGGGUGAAAUGGCUUCUUGAACGAGAAAAAAUGUAGGACAGGAUUUGAUUUUGUUAAUGGGGAAUUGAGUGGAUUGUUGGAUUGUUUGCUAAUUGCUGUGAUCUCAUAUGAGAAGAGAAGAGAUGUCGUUGCAAGGGGAGAGCACAUGAGGACGCAUGAAUUAAAAUAAUUAUAAUAAUAAUGAAUAAUUUAUAGUUAACACUGCAAUAUUCCAUAAAAAAUGGUGACUUUACAUUUCUUUAAAGUUGAAGAUUUUUGGGGGGAUGUUACAGUACCACUGGUGUGAGGUUGAAGGAAGAACUGUGUUUACUUAAACAACUGAGAUGGAGAAACCUGUCUGAAAACAUUCAUUGUUUUCGCAGUUGCAGUUGGUUAGGCUAGUUUACUUUUAAGACUUAAGCUGAGGUCUCAUUAACCACUGUUAGGUAAAUUUUCACAGGCAAAAUCCAAUCAUUACAAAAGCAAUCAGUAAUUUCAUGUGUGGGCGAUAAAUUUCCCAGUUUGCAACGGGUUCAGGUUGAUCACGUGAAUUCGCCAACACUGACCAACAGAAAGCUGCUUGGUUUGAAAGUGACUUCUGUGUGAGUUAGGCUUCAUGUAUCACUACAUUAUUCAGAAUAACCAAAGGAGAUUUUUUGCCUGUGAACUUUUGCAGAAAUAACCUGUUUUAAUACAGAGAAAUUGAAAACAACAAACAAAACAUGUCUGGACUUCCUGUAACAGAAAUUUUGAAGGCAAUAGUAUGGCACAUUAAAACACUUUUUAAUUUCUUAAUAUGUUAUGUGAAAGUCAAAGGGCUGCUGUUUAUUGUCACUUAAUUUAAAGGAAGAGAACUGUUUCCUGUUUGGCAUGAUUAUAUAUCAAAAACCAUGUAAAAUCUCUACAGUGUUUUCUGCUUUACCUCUGCAUCUUUUGUAUGUAUGUUUCAGAGCUACGCUGACGGUUUUGCCACAUGUACAUACAUGAUCAGAAAACAUACCAAUAUAUGAGAAUUCAUUUGUGUUGAAGAAAAUGUUCAGUGCGAUUCAUGUACAAUUGCCUCUAGAAUUAUUAAAGUUUUAUUUAGGUAUUUCAAGGUUCUUACUUUAUUUGUUAGUUUACUGUACAGUCCAAGAAAAAUACUGUUGUUGAGAAAAAGAUAUAUUGUUUCACCUGUGUAAAGUUAAGUAAAUGCUAUGGACAGAAUGUAUAUAUCCAUGUAGAAUGCCAUUGUCAAGAUGGGUGCACUUCAGUGAGUGCCAUUCAAAAUAAAAGCUAAAUAUUUGUC